CUCUCUGUCUUAUACGUUCCCGAGUCUUAAAAGUUAUACAUAAUACUACCCACCUACCCAGACAGAAUGCCGUCAGAUCAGAAUAGUAGAGCGAGUUGCUACCCUUCUUCAAGAGAGCGGCACCGUACCUGUUCUACUGAUGAUGAUACGGGCUUGGUUUGGGUCUCUGACUUAAACACCUCGCAGAAGCUGCUUAGAUCUCAUAUCGCAAAGCGUACCCACGCAACGGUCAGGAGAAAGAGGGUUCUCGAGUACCAGCAACAAAAAGAAACUCUAAGUAGAAAAACGUACCAUAACUAAUUUGCAAGUUGGCUCCAAUACGUGUGGCUAUUUAGACCUAUAGUAUUGCAAUAACCAACUAUUUGGUCGCAUGAUUUAUUAUGUCAAGUUCGGUAGGUAGGUAUGUAACCCUCCAGCUAAUGAUAGAUCAUAU